UCAGCCUGCAAUUCAGUUCUCAUAUUACCACCACCACCACAACCACCACCACCAAUGGCAGCAACCGCCACCUCCAGCACUGUACUUAGACCAACCCCAUUUCUGGGACAGACAAGGGGAUCUAACAUUAACCCACUUAGAGAUGUUGUCUCUAUGGGCACUGGGAAAGUCACAAUGGGGAAUGAACUAUGGUAUGGACCUGACCGCCUGAAGUACUUGGGACCCUUCUCUGCUCAGACUCCUUCAUACCUCACUGGAGAAUUUCCUGGUGACUAUGGAUGGGAUACGGCCGGAUUAUCAGCUGACCCAGAGGCCUUUGCCAAGAAUAGGGCUCUUGAGGUGAUCCAUGGGAGAUGGGCUAUGCUAGGGGCACUGGGUUGCAUCACCCCAGAAGUUCUUGAGAAAUGGGUGAGAGUGGACUUCAAGGAACCAGUUUGGUUCAAAGCUGGAGCUCAGAUCUUCUCUGAAGGAGGGCUUGACUAUUUGGGCAAUCCAAACCUUGUUCAUGCUCAGAGCAUCUUAGCAGUACUGGGUUUCCAAGUACUGCUCAUGGGAUUAGUGGAGGGCUUCCGCAUCAAUGGCCUAGAAGGUGUGGGUGAGGGAAACAACCUCUAUCCUGGUGGAACCUACUUUGACCCCUUGGGACUUGCUGAUGAUCCAGUUACCUUUGCUGAGCUCAAAGUGAAGGAGAUCAAGAAUGGCAGGCUGGCCAUGUUUUCCAUGUUUGGGUUCUUUGUCCAGGCCAUUGUUACUGGCAAAGGCCCACUAGAGAACCUCUUGGAUCACCUUGACAACCCUGUGGCUAACAAUGCCUGGGUCUAUGCCACCAAGUUUGUGCCAGGAUCCUAGAUUGAUUUCAUUUCCCUUAGCUCCCAAUUCCCUUUUUUGGUGAAAACUAAUGAAUGGGGAUGGAUAUUGUGUCUGUACAUUAUCAUGGUAGGAGGUUGAUUUCUAAAAUGUUAAUGUCACUCAUCUGUAUCAGUAAGAAUGGACAUAUUUGUUUAUCCUGAAAUUGAUACAGUAUUGAAGAAAUAAAGAAUAUCAAUAUUCUCUCUUUUUUUUUUUAA